GGGAGGGCUGGGGGAAGGGAUCCCGGCCUGGAACAACUGCUGACUAAUCGGCGGGCGGGAUCACGCGCCCGUGUGUGCGCGCAGUGGGUUUGAGGCGCCUAGGUCUCGGCCUGGAGCUGGCGGCCCGACUCCCAGGCGGGGCCCCCCCGGGCCCCCCCCACCCGCUCCUCCAGGAAAAGAAACCCCAGGCUCAAGCAAUUGAGUACUUUCCCCAAAGUUAGAAAGCUGAAUUCGACCCAGACCCCGGGACUCCCCCUCUGUGCACCACCCGGAAGCAUCUUCCCUGCCCUUGACUUCCCAGUCUGUCCUCCUGGCUUCCCAGUAAGGACCAGCAGCGGGAUCCACGACUUAAUUCUUACAAGUUCCAUUUUAUUAGUUGAAGAUACGGUUGGAGACAGAGACUCAAUGAUACUGCUUGCUUAGGAUGUGUGAGGCCCUGGUUUCCAUUUUCAACACCAAGAAAGAGAAGAGACUGAUUGAGAGGACUCGAGGCCCAGUUCUGUAUGUCCGUGGACCAGUCCCUUAGUGCUCAGGGAUGGAAUAGUUGUGAGAAGGUGCAAGUGGAAGCUUCAGUUUAGGUGACCCUGCCUCCAGCACUGGGGAGCAAAUCCAGGUGCCCAUGUAUGCUAGCGCACAGCCUCAGGACCACCUUUGACUACCAUCAACCAAACUAUGCAUGCCCGGGAUUCUCCUGGCUCACUGUCCCGGGCACUGCCCCUGGCCUCCUCAGUCCUGAUGCUCCUGAUGAGCUGCCUGUGGUUACUGGGGGCUGGCCCCAGCCUCACAUUGGCUCCAGAGCUGCUGCUGGACCCCUGGCAGGUGCACCGGCUAGUGACCCAUGCUCUGGGCCACACUGCUCUGCCGGGCCUGCUCCUGAGCCUGCUGCUCCUGCCCACUCUGGGCUGGUGGCAGGAGUGCCAUUUGGGCACUCUGCGCUUCCUGCACAACUCGGCCCUGCUUGCCCUGGCUGCCGGGCUGCUGGCUGUGCUGCUGACAGGCCUCGGGGUGUCCAGUGCAGCUGGAGGUUGUGGAUAUAUGCCUGUCCAUCUGGCCAUGCUGGCAAGGCAGAGUUACUACCCUGGGUGGCCUCAGGGGACACUGCCACCAUGGCUGCUCCCAUGGCUGCUGCUGGCCCUGACCCUGCUACUCAGCUCUGAGCCGCCCUUCCUGCAGCUCCUUUGUGGCCUUCUUGCUGGCCUAGCCUAUGCUGCUGGGGCCUUCCGGUGGCUGGAGCUCUCCGAGCGGAGACUGCAGGUGUUACAGGACAGUGUCCUUUGCAGGACUCUGGCCCGGUGCUGGCCACUGAGGCUCCUUCCCACCCCAGGCAGCCUGGCUGAACUGCCUGUCACUUUUCCUGCUGGAGUGAGGCCUGCCACCCCUGGAUCUCCUUACCUUGCUUCCCCAAGCUCCUGGUCUCACAGUGAUGGCUCUGCCCAGCUUCCACCAGGCCUAGGGCCUGUGCAGCUGACACGGGAGGUCUCAGAGAGGGGCUCAGACUGGGCUGCGUCCAGCUUUGCUCCAGGAAGCCCGAUGUGGGCAGCCCUGGAUGAGCAAAUGCUACAGGAAGGGAUCCAGGCUUCGCUCCUUGAUGCAUCAGUGCAUGGUCCCCAGAGCUCCGUGUGGUUGCCCAAGGCCUCCGUGUCUUCUCUACGGCUGCAGCAGUUGGAGCACAUGGGAUUUCCCACUGAGCAGGCCGCGGUAGCCUUGGCAGCUACAGGACGUGUGGAAGGUGCAGUGUCUCUGCUGGUUGAAGGCCUGGUGGAUACUGAGGCCGUGGUGACCGAGGGGAGGAGUGGUCCUGCCCACUGCAAGGGCGCUGGGCCCUCAUAGUCCAAGAAGAGAAGAGGGUCUUAGGCCUGGCCUGAGUCCUAGCCUAGUCUACUGAGGGCUUGGGAGCUUGAAAGCAUCCCUGGGGGCAGGAGUGGGCCCCAGCAUGUUCUGAUACUUUCUAAGAAUAAAAGCUGAUGUUUUCAGCCUGGCCUCUGA